UAUUGCCUUAAUAACUGAUUUCCCAUAGCCUACCCUACUCGAAGCAAGAUAAUAUAGUAACAUGUGAAUAAAAACAUUUGGCAAGAUUUCACAUUUCUGUAAAAUAAAAGAAAAAAAAGGCUUUUCAUGUAUUUAUUCAAAAGUUUUUCCAGUGAUCACCUGUAGUCUUGAAAACAAUAUUUUGCAUGCAGAUGAAGUCUGGUAUCUGGACUGAAUUAUUUUCCACGUCACUCACUGCUCUCUUGCGACACCUGCCUCGUUGCUUUUAGGUGAAAUAAACAAACUAAAAACGUCAAAGAUGUUAGUCAUGAAAAGAAAUGCUUUUUCAUCUUAAAGAGUUAUACUUACACUCUGCUUGUGUUCUUCAUCUGUCCAGCAGAUUGCGCUGUUUUCUUAUGUUGGGAAUCUCAUAAUUUAUGACCUCCAUAAAGAGGUAAUUGUGUCUACCUGGGACAACUGAUUGUUCAAGACAAUUAUUAACUUUGUUCAACACUCCUUCCCACAGAUUCUGAGUACAUGCACAAAACCAGUAUCAUUUGCCUCUUACAGAGAGUUCAAGUGAUCAGCUCGGUUCUGUCAUAGUCUUUUUCGUCAAAAUGACUGAGGCCAUGGACUCAAUCAGUUGUCCCAUUUGUAUAGAUCCACUGAAGAAUCCAGUGACUAUUCCCUGUGGUCACAGCUACUGUAUGGAAUGUAUUGUGUACUACUGGGAUCAGGAUGAUCAGAAGGGAGUCUGCAGCUGCCCCAUCUGCCAAGAAAGCUUUAUCCCAAGGCCUGUGCUAAAGAAAAACACUGUGCUUGUGGAUCUGGUGGAUAAAAUUGAAAAGAUGGGAUUUGAGUCUGCUUCUACGUCUAACUGUUAUGCUGGAUCUGAAGAUAUAGAUUGUGACGUCUGCACUGAGAGAAAGCAGAAAGCCCUCAAGUCCUGUCUGGUGUGUCUGGCCUCUUACUGUGAGGCUCACCUCCAGCCUCACCAUGAGUCGCCUGCCUUUAAGAAUCACAAGCUGGUCAAAGCCUCCUCAAACUUGCAGGAGAAGAUCUGCUCUAGUCACAAUAAACUGUUGGAGGUUUUCUGCCGUACUGACCAGAAGUGUAUUUGUUAUCUAUGCUUCGUGGGUCAACAUAAAGACCAUGAGACAGUUUCAGCUGUAAGAGAAAUCAAAGAGAAACGGAUGGAGCUGGGUUUGAGUCAGCAAAAACUGCAGCAGACAAUCCAGGAAAGAAAUAAGGAGCAGAAGGAGCUUCAACAGGCUGUGAUGUCUUUCAAUCACUCAGCACAAGAAGCAGAAAAGAACAGUGAGAGGAUCUUUAAUGAGCUGAUCCGCUCCAUUGAGAGAAGACGCUCUGAGAUUAAGAAGCUGAUCAGAGCCCAGCAGAGGGCAGCAGUGAGUCAGGCUGAAGGACUCCUGGAACGCCUGGAGCGCGAGAUAACUGAGCUGAAGACAAGAGAUGCUGAAUUAGAGAAGCUUUCCCUCACAGAAGAUCACAUACUCUUUCUCCUGAGAUAUCCAUCUCUUUCCAGUCUAUCUUCAGACUUACCCAUCAUCCUAGUCCCUCCUCCACUGUACUUUGGAGAUGUGACUGAGGCUCUGUCUGAGCUGAAAGAGAAAUUAGAGAACCUCCUUAAAGGGGAGUGGCUUAACAUCCCAACCAAACUGAGUUUGGUUGAUGUUGUACUGCCACUCGAACCUAAACGAGAUGAUUUCUUAAAAUAUUCCUGUUCCCUCACACUGGACCCAAACACAGCACAGAAACACAUUCGUCUGUCUAAUGGGAACAGAAAGGCAGAAUGUGUGUGGCCACAGCCUUAUCCCAACCAUUCUGAAAGGUUCUAUAAAUGUCUGCAGGUGCUGUGUAAAGAGGACGUAUCUGCACGCUGUUACUGGGAAGUAGAGUGGAGUGUUUUAGGGGUUUAUAUAGCACUCUCCUACAAAGAUGUAGGGUGCAAUGCUGACUGUGGAUUUGGAUGCAAUGACAAGUCCUGGAGCUUGCAAUGUUAUAAUGGUGGUUAUAGUUUCAAAUACAAUAAUGUUGCUACUGCCUUGUCAGGCCCCAUGUCCUCCAGGGUAGGAGUGUACCUGGAUCACAAGGCAGGUACUCUGUCCUUUUACAGCAUCUCUGACACAAUGACCCUCCUGCACCAAGUCCAGACCACAUUCACUCAGCCACUCUAUCCUGGGUUUGGGUUUGGGUUUGUUUCUUUGGUACGUGGGUCCAGUUUUGAACUGUGCUAGAUGGAUUCUAAUUUUGUAAUUCAGAAGAUGAUUUACAAUACAAUAUUUUCUCUAUUGUCAAUGUUGUGUAGAAAUAGAAACUAGAUUAUCUAUUUUAGGAGCAAAAUUCAUUCAGGCCAUUGAUUUAGAUUUUACUCAAAUGCAAUCAGAGCAAUGAAGUGGCGGUAAGGAUAUUAUUUUUGAAAAAUUAGAUUAAAUUCAUGAGGGAAAGUGUUGAUUGGGCUAUUGUUUUGGAUUUUGUGUACCUGCACC